AAAAGUAUGAAUGAGUCAGCAUCGAAUUGUCCAACGGUGCCUUUCAUGGGUGCCAUCUUGGAGGUGGUGUGUGUAACAGGAGGAUCAGGUUACAUAGCUUCCUGGCUAGUUAAUUUCUUGCUACAAAAGGGUUAUAAAGUCAAAGUCACCGUUCGUGACCCAAGUGAUCCAAGGAAAACAGAUCACUUGCUUGCUCUUGAUGGAGCUAAGGAAAGACUUCAUUUGUUCAAAGCUGAUUUACUGGAAGAAGGGUCCUUUGAUUCUGCAAUUUAUGGGUGUGAAGGUGUUUUCCAUGCAGCAUCCCCUGUAUUAUUUUCAGCAACUGAUCCACAGACAGAGCUAAUUGAUCCUGCAGUGAAAGGAACCCUUAACGUACUUAAAUCAUGUAAAAAAGUUCAGUUUAUCAAGAGAGUGGUUAUAACAUCUUCUAUGGCAACAGUUUUGUAUGGCAGAAAACCUCUGACUCCUGAUGUGGUGGUUGACGAGACGUGGCAAUCAGAUCCAGCAGUUUGUAAGGAAAUGAAGCUUUGGUAUAUGCUUGCAAAAACUUUUGCAGAAGAGGCUGCUUGGAACUUUGCAGAAGAGAAUGUCAUUGACUUGGUUACAAUACAUCCAGCAUAUGUGAUUGGCCCUCUCUUACAGCCAACUCUCAAUUUCAGUGUGGAGAUGAUUCUUAAUCUUGUAAAUGGAGCUCAAACAUAUCCCAAUACGUAUUACAGGUCAACUGAUGUUAGAGAUGUUGCAGAAGCACAUAUUCGAGCUUUUGAGAUUCCAGCAGCUUGUGGCAGAUAUUGUUUAGUUGCAAAUGAGUCGCACUUUUCUGAAGUUCUGAAGAUUGUCCAUGAACAUUUCCCAUCCCUGCACCUUCCUGCAAAGAAAGUGAUUGUUUUCUGCAAUUCAAAUGACACUCAUUUUACGCUAGCCAUCUUUUUUUGGAUUACAUUUUCUGGAGUUACAUGGGCAAUUUAGUUAAGCAAUUAGGAUCAAUUGUGAGAGAGUUUGCUGAGAAACAUUUUGAAGAUUAAUUCUAUGGACUUAAAAAAAAAUGGUGCAUAAAAACUUCCAUUUAUCACCAAUAUACUAGAUAACUUGUUGCUUCUUUUUCUUUUUGAGCUUUCUUGUUCUCUAAUUGUAAUUUUUCUGACAUUGAAAUCCAUGUGUUGUUCAAACAUUGCAGAUGUGAUGAUAAUCAUCCAUUCUUGCCACAGCACAAGACAUCCAAAGAGAAAGCAAGAAUUUUGGGCAUCAACUUCAUUCCUCUGGAAGCAACUCUCAAGGACACUAUUGAGAGUCUAAAGGAGAAGGGCUUCCUCAGCAUCUGAUUAGACUGUAUGGGAUAGUGAGGUGAUGCAUAAACCGGCAGGAAAAUUUAGACCAAACAAUACACUUUUCCCUAAAAACCUUCAGGGUUCAGAACUUCAGAUACUUGCAGAUAUUGUUUGAAUUUCUCCAACUGUUAUUGAAGAUUGUAUUUUGAAGGCAUGCUCACUUGCUCAGCAUCUUCAUGAACAGUAAAUUAAUGUCAUCACAGAAGAUUGUGGUCAUGCCUUAUAUGUAUGGCUUGUGCUUAGCUGCAUUAAUCUGGGAUUUAUUUCAUUACCAUGUUGAUGAUCACAGUUGUAGGAAAUGUUUUCUGCGGCUGUCUUGCAUGUCAGAUGUCAAGAUCACAAGCUAUAUGCAGAUAAAAUCAAAUAAAUUUCCUCUGAAAUUUCAGUUUUGAUA